AUGUCUGCUUAUUACGUAAGGCCAUAUACAGUCUCAAACAAGCUCCACGUCAGUGGUUCACAACCUUUACAAAUCAGCUUCUUACAAUCGGCUUCAAACAUAGCAAAGCGGAUCAAUAUCUACUCACGUUCCACAACUGAUGGCAGUGGUGAUGGUGGCAGUGGAUAUGGCGGUGGUGAUGGUGGCAGUGGAUAUAUAUGGCGGUGUGCGAACUCAGCUAUAAAUAGCGCUCAUUCGGCAAGCACAGCUUCUCAUCCACCAUUCCAAAAACAAACAAUGGCUACAAGCAAUAAGCUCAAGGCUCUUGCAUUGUUAGUUCUGCUUAGCAUUAGCUUCUGCCUUUCCUUCGCAAGGUCCUUGAAGCAGGCUGGCAAGCCAAAAUCAAGUUCUGGCUACCACUUAACUGAUGAUGGCAACGGAGGAGAGAAUGUUGGGUUCAUCCCUACUUAUGUUGUUGGCGAGGUAGGUGGCAAUAGUGAUGGCGGCAGUGGAUAUGGCGGUGGGUAUGGCGGUGGCGGUGGCGAUGAUGGUGGUGGAUAUGGCAGUGGUGAUGGCGGUGGUGAUGAUGAUGGUGAUGGUGGGUAUGGUGGUGAUGGCGGCGGUGGUGAUGGUGGUGGUGGAUAUGGCGGUGGCAACGGUGGAGACCGCCAUUAA